UAGCCUCUAAUCUACCAUCUAAAAUGUGUUGUGAACAAAUUCUCACACUUUACAGAGAACUAUAGAGGAAUCAUGCCUUCAGUUCCAUCCAACAAAGAGAAGGACAGUCCUGCCUGCCCUUUUGAUGACAAGAAGACCACUGGCAGGAAUGGUGUUGAGAAGUUGGUUUCAGAUAAUGUAGACAGACCCCUGCAGCUGAAUAGAGAAACUGGGGCCACUGACCCAAAAUGGAUUCGUCCUGACCUGCCAAGCAGAUGUACCUGGAAACCAGGAAUGUCUCUUGAAAAUUCCCCUCACAAACACUUCCCCAGGACAAAAGCUGAGAAGAUUUUGCCCAACAUCCUGGACAGGAUUGGAGACACACCACUGGUCCGCAUAAACAAGAUCUCGAAGACUUUUGGACUAAAGUGUGAACUUUUGGUCAAGUGCGAGUUCUUUAAUGCUGGUGGUAGUGUAAAGGACCGUAUCAGUCUGCGUAUGGUGGAGGACGCAGAAAGGGAAGGCAUUCUCAAACCUGGAGACACCAUUAUAGAGCCCACCUCUGGAAAUACAGGUAUUGGUCUUGCAUUGGCUGCAGCAGUGAAGGGUUAUCGCUGCAUAAUUGUUAUGCCUGAGAAAAUGAGCAUGGAAAAGGUUGAUGUUUUGAGAGCUUUGGGUGCUGAGAUUGUCCGAACUCCCACCAGUGCACGGUUUGACUCCCCUGAGUCCCAUGUGGGUGUGGCUUGGCGCUUGAAGAAUGAGAUUCCUAACUCACACAUCCUGGACCAGUACCGCAAUCCCAGCAACCCCCUGGCUCAUUAUGACACCACUGCUGAGGAGAUUCUGGAGCAAUGUGAUGGUAAAGUGGAUAUGCUGGUGGCAGGAGCCGGCACAGGGGGCACUAUUACCGGCAUUGCUCGCAAACUGAAGGAGAAAUGCCCAAAUAUUAAGAUUGUUGCGGUGGACCCAGAGGGCUCGAUCCUCGCUGAGCCUGAUGAGCUGAACCGGACUGAUAAAACCCAGUAUGAGGUGGAGGGCAUCGGAUAUGACUUUAUACCCACCGUCCUGGAUAGAUCUUUGGUUGACAACUGGUACAAAUCCAACGAUGAGGAAUCUUUUGCCAUUGCCCGAAUGCUUAUAAGAGAUGAAGGGCUGUUGUGUGGUGGGAGCUCGGGCACUGCCAUGGCGGCUGCAGUAAAGUUUGCUAAAGAGCUGAAGGAGGGACAGCGCUGUGUCGUGAUUCUGCCAGACUCUAUUCGCAACUACAUGUCCAAGUUCUUGAGUGAAAAGUGGAUGUUCCAGAAGGGCUUUCUGAGGGUGGAAGACAUCAUGGUGAAUAAACCCUGGUGGUGGAAUCUGAAAUUACAGAGUCUAAACCUUUCUGCUCCACUAACUGUGCUGCCCACAGUCACAUGCCAAAAAACCAUCAAAAUCUUGAAAGAAAAGGGCUUUGACCAGGCACCUGUCGUAGAUGAAGCUGGGUUGAUUCUGGGAAUGGUGACCCUGGGAAACAUGCUUGCCUCUGUGCUUGCAGGAAAGGUCAAGCCCUCUGACCCUGUUAUCAAAGUGCUCUAUAAACAGUUCAAGCGGAUUCGUCUGACUGACAAUCUGGGAAAGCUGUCUCGGAUCUUGGAAACCGAUCAUUUUGCCCUGGUGGUCCAUGAGCAGAUACAGUGUGAGUGUUUAUCCACACAAGUACUUCAAUAUGUCAGAAUAAUGUGCUUUCGAUUGUUUUACAAAAAUGCAUUAGCUAUGUUUGCAAGGUAAAUUCAGAUGUAGGAAAACGUCUCAGGUUACUUAUGUA